AGAGUAGAAACUAAUUAGUUGCAGCAGGUAUUGAAACAGAGGUACAGCUGGUGGAUCUUUUCUCGCUGACACAAACAGAAUGAGUUCCCAGGUCUUGAAAACUACAGUUAUCAUCUUAAUAGUAUCAACCAUUAUUAAUCAGAUUAAUUGUGCUGCCUUACAAACAGAUGCAGGACACUCAGCAGUAAGGUUGAAAAGGAUGACCCCAUUCUGGAGAUUUUUCACCUUGAGGCCUGUUGGAGAUCUGUGUCGAGAUCACUCCGAAUGUAGCUCCAAACUCUGCAAGAAAAAUUACUGCACACAACGCACUCCUGUGCUGAAUGGAAAUAGUGGUGCAUGAUAGAAGAGACUUAAGUUUUAGUAGAAGAAAAGAAUCACGUCAUAUUUGUAAGCCAAGAUUGCUUGAUGAAAGACAUCUUAAAGAAAGAGUCGCAGGAGUAAAAGACUGUUUUCAUCUUCAGGAAGAGUAAAUCACUUCAACACACAAACAUAUUUAUUUUUUUUUAUUUAUUACAAUAAUGUAAACAAAAUAUGAAUGGUGAAAAUACCGUUCGCUUAUCUUUUUUACAUGCAUUUUAUCUGAAAAAUAUUGUGUUAUGAAAAGGAAACAAUUUGUAAACAAGAUGUAUGUUUUUUUUACAACAAUGACCCAGUGUUUUUUUUUUUUUUUUCAUUUUUUAUUAUUUUUUUGAAAUGUUAAAAAAUGUAUUUAUUUAACUGGGUGGAUGAUCGAUAAAAAGCUGUUUGUGCUCUGGGGCAGUCAGGCUAUAAAACAAACAUGAAGAUUGUAAGUACAUUAGCUAAUCUGCAAUAGAGUCAUUCAUAAUGCAGCAAUAUGCAUACAUAAUCAGACUAUAGAAGGACGGGAUGAUGUGGUUAUUGCAGAGCAGUUUACUUCCUUCAGGGAAGGCUGGUGUUAAAGUAUCACAUCAUAUCACAUUAUCUCCUAUGCUCUGCCAGAGACCUCACCAUCAUGAAAGAGAAGAGCGGCAUGUUUGAUGCUUUUGCCAUGUAACUAUUAGCGAAGGGGUAGAAGAUAAAGCAGUAGAAUAACAAUCAGACAAAACCUCAGUUCCAAUUCACCCUUAGCCAACUAUGUGUUUGAUAACAGUUUGUGUGCUUAAAUUAUGCCCAGAAAUGCACGAAUGUACUGAUAAAACAGCUGAAGAAUAACAAAUUCAUGCAGGUUUCUGCAUGCUUUCUGUAUGACUGUGCCACAGCUUAUCAUUAAAAAAAAUCUCUCUGUUCACUUAAAAGUAACAUUAGUUUAGACUUUCUAAGAAUAAUGGCCUGAAUUACAAAAGACUUGCUCUCGGUGUAAGUAACCUCUUACUCCGAGACCAGGCUGAGAGCAGGUGUUUUGGAAUCUGGUUCCUGUAAUAAGCAGGUCUUUCAGAGUCAGGGUGGGCUUACAUUGAGAGCAACUCUUUUGGAAUCUGACCCAAUAAGUUUUCUUAUAAUUUAUCACUCUAUAAAUGUGAAGUAUGGAAAUUUAGUAAAAUAUUUAAUGGCAUCCAGAUAUUAAUUUAGUUUUCUGAUAUUAAUAUUUGGGUUUUACCUGCCUAUUUUAUGUGUCAAAUCAUUUUUUCCCCAGUGAUUACUUUUGACUUACUGUCUUCCUUGCCUCACUGAUUAGUGCACCAGUGGUUGCCUUAGAGACCAUACAGAGGAAGUGGUAACUUGUAUUUCCAUGUCUUGCAUAGCUUAGCUACUUUUCCUUCCACUGUAAUAUUUGGUCUACAAACUGAUUCCUUACCCAUUAUCAGAACAUGUGGUUAAAAAGAUAACACUUUGUGGUACUGCUUUGAUUUUAUAAUGGAAAGUUUUAGAAAACAGACAUGCAUCCAUGCAUUUUUAUUGUUGUUGGACUCAGAAUCCCUCUGCUCUGCAGACAGUAGCAGUCUCUUGAGAAUAACGUACAGCCUUGCUGACUCUGAGGUCCCAUUACCUGCUUAGCAGUAUGCAAUCAUCUCCUCAAAGUCCAAAAUGAGUACCACAAUGCUGUCACUAAAAUGUAAAAUUCUUCUGCUUUUUGUUUCUGGGUUUAUGUUUUAUGUUUAGGCAUUUGCAAAUUAAAAUAUAUUGAAUAAAGGUGAUACUUUAUUUCUAAA